AUGGUUUCCCAGUACAGCCAAAAGGACUCCAAAGACCAGUUCUCUCUGGGGGAUGAAGAGAAAGACCCUCCAAGGAGCCACCUAUACUCUGUGGAAACCCCAUAUGGCUUUCACUUGGACCUGGACUUCCUCGAGUAUGUAGAUGACAUUGAGAAAGGGAACACCAUCUAAAGAAUUGCUAUCCACAGAGCAAAUUUUAGCACGUUGCCCUGAAAUUUCAGCCUUCCUGACAAUGGGGCUCACCCCCAUGUUACUAUCCCCGAGGAAAACUGGUCUCCAGCAGUUCCAAGGAAGGUGUCACCCAGGACACUGGAGCAAACCCAAUCACUGCCUGAUCCUCCCCACGCCUCAGCCAGCGGGAGCCAGGUGAGCUAUCAUAGGAAGGCCCUAUUGGUGGAGGCCUCCAGGCAGCUGGAGGCUGCUGCUCCAGAGGAAGCCGAGCUCACUUCUGGGAGUGGACGGCCCCAGCUUUUGAGCUCCAGCAUGCCAGCCACGCGGCCGCAAAACAGGGCCUCGGAGGAGCCAAACCUAAGCGCGGGUCUUCCAGCACCUCCUGCCUUCCCUCCUCUGCAGGGGGACAGCAGCAUCUGGGAUGGCACCUUUGGCCCAGCGGAAGGAUUUGCAGGUUUUCACAGCUCCAGCCCUCGAAUGUCGCCCAGGCUCCCAGAGCUAGUCCAGGAGGGGGCUGAGCCUGCAGUGGGGGAAGUGAAGGCUUCAAAUCACCUGUUUCUCCCAGGGCCUCCUCCCGCAUUCCAGAACGCACUCCUAGAGGAUGUGGAAGGCGAACCCCAAACCAGAGAAGCAGAGAGCAUUCUCACUCCUGGCUCCUCAACACCCAGCCCCCCACCUCUGCCAUCUCCCAUCCCUGAGAAUGAGCUCCCUCUGGAGGAAAUCGAGCUCAACAUCAGUGAGAUCCCACCCCCGCCGCCCAUAGAGUUGGAUGUGAGAAGCAUCGGCAUCCGGGUAACUGAGGAAAGCCUGGGCCUUGCCCUGGUGGACCCCAACAGCAUCUCCAACCUGAAGGAGCGGGUCUCAGCCCUUGAGGGUGAAUUGUCUGGCAGAACCAAGGAACUGACCCAGGUCCGAGCUGCCCUUCAGCAGCAGGAAGAGGAAAUCAAGACGCGGGAACAGAGGAUUCGAGAGCUGGAGUGCACUGUAGCCCAAUUGGAAGAAAAGCUUAGCCAAGAGACUUCCAGAGAUGCCCAGGGCCAGACUGAUGCCAUGGUGAACACUGACCCUCCCCGUGGGCUCUUCCCAGGGGAGUCAUGUGACAGGAGCAUCGGGGUCAACCUUCUGAGCAUCACAGACUCUGAAAGCUGGGGGGCCAGGGGAGAGGAGAAUGGCUUCCUAUGGGGGCAAAAUGGUCACACUCGAGCGGGUCAGAGACUGGCAGAGCCUGUGCUACCGCCCCAGCUCUCACUGCCACAGGGACCUGAGAAGGUCCUUGCCUCCGCUUUACAUUGCUGCCUCCCCACUGAACUCAGGAUUGAAGAAGCAGGCUCUGAGCACGAGGGAGGCCUGCAGGCAGGAGGCGAGAGCCUGGCCAGGGCAGCACAAGGUUCUUCACGGAGCAGUGACAGAGAGGCUGCCCCAGGGUCCAGGGAGGAGCUCCCAGGGAAGGAGCACCCGGGAAGGCCACCAAGCUCUCCAACAGAUGCCACCAUUGGGCAAUAUGUGAAAAAGAUCCAGGAGCUCCUGCAGGAGCAGUGGAGCUGCCUGGAGCAUGGGUACUCGGAGCUGGCCAGCGCCAUCAAGCAGCCUGCCUCCAAGCUCAGCAGCAUCCAGAGCCAGCUGCUCAGCUCCUUCAACCAGCUGCUGUCUGCCUACUCAGCCCAGGCUCCCCCACAGGAGCCUACAGCCCUGCCCUCCUCCCCUCCAACCGAGAGCUCCCUGCCGACCAGCCUUAAAUCCAUAAUGAAAAAGAAAGACUAUGGCUUCCAUGCAGGAGGUAAUGGGACCAAAAAGAACCUUCAGUUUGUUGGGGUUAACGGGGUCUGCAAUGUCGACCACCAGAACAAAGCUGGCUAUACUGCCGUGAUGAUCACUCCCUUGGCUUCUGCGGAGACGGAUGAAGACAAGGCUGUUGUCUGGAAGCUCUUCAGAGAAGGAAAUGUGAACAUCCAAGCAACUCAGGGAGGCCAGACCGCCUUGAUGCUGGGGGUCAGCUACGACCAGGAGGACAUGGUACAAGCACUACUGAGCUGCCAGGCAGAGGUCAACCUGCAGGACCAUGAUGGAUUGUGGGCUCUCAUGCUGGCCUGUCACCAUGGCAACACCGACCUGGUGCACCUGCUUCUGGCCCACCCGGCCUGUGACAGCAGCCUGAAUGAUAAGAUGAGACUUAUGGGCAGUUAA